AUGGCGUCUAAGGGAUCCGGAAGACGAGUGUUCAUGGGUCUGCCUCCGCGUCCGGUGCUCGGAGCGGCCCCGCCUCAGGGCAGCGGGGUGCCGCGGCGAUUCCAGAAGCGCCCGCUCCUGCCGCCAUCGACGGAAGGCAUGUGCGUUCCCGCACUGACCCAACUUAUGGAUUGCUACUCAGCCCUCGGGCUUGAUGGCAUGCAAGAACCCGGAGCGUGCUUCGCAGAGCGUCUGGAUUUGAUCAAUUGUCAAAAGAGAGAGAAAUACAUGCAAACCGCCAACAAGUCAUCGGCGAAGCAGUUCAGGGAGGGCCUCAAGCUCUUCCGCUGGGAGCCCAAGAAGACCAGGUUCAUGCAGUAA